AUGGAUACAAACAAGGACGAAACUGUCAAAGUUGAGGCUGUAGAUACCACACCUGUUGUUCAGGAUGAAGCCAUGCCAGAGGCUGCUGCUGCUUCUUCCACAGGAGAAUACCCACCCAGCGUACACAAAGUCCAUCGUCAAUUGUUGGCCAUUUUUGAUCCUGAAAACAUCAAGAAAGAUAAUUUUUUCAGAGAAUUAGUGGAGAGAGACCCUGAGCAUUGGGUACCCAUCAAAAAGUUAUCGAUGAUCAAGCGUUUCAAGGAAAUUUUGGAAGGUGAUUUGACCUUGUUCGAACAAGCUGUUGCUCUUGCUCCUCAAGAUUUUGAAAUGAACGAUGAAAAGACUCAAUUGCGCAGCAUCAUGGAAGAGAAGAAGGAAGAGGUCAAGCAGGAUCUCCAUGCUGACAGUGCAGACAAGAAAAAUGCUCGCAAUCAACAGAUCAUUCUGAACCAUUUCGAAGUGCAAAACAAGCGUUCCAUCUACUCUAAAGGCUUCACUGUAGAUCCUGAGCCUACCGAAGCUGAACUGAAGGAAUUUUACAGCAAAUAUGGUCGUAUACUAUCUCUUCGUCAUCGCCGUGAAGGCAACGGCAACAAGCGUCAUGAAGGUGCAUUCAAGGGCAGUAUCUUUGUUGAAUUCGAGACACCUGAAAUUGCACAGAAGGUGGUUGAAGAAGCUAUAGAAUAUAACGGACAGGAACUACUCAACAUGAUCAAGGCCGACUAUGUCGAAAUGAAGCGUGUGGAGAAAUACAGUGAUGCUGAAUUCAAUGUCUCCCGCAUUACGCAUCGUCACCUGGUCGAGUACUCUAAUGCUGAGGAGUAUGGAUUCAAGGAGAUCAAGGAGCUUGUCAAAAGCGUGGCCAAUGUUGGUAGAUUAGAACCCUUGGAGAACAAAAAGGGCUGUGGUGUCCUGGAAUUGUUCAAGACGACUCCCGAAGAAUUCUUGGCCAAAUUACCAGAUCAGAAACUCGAAAAUAUCAAUUUCUGUCUUGUCAGUGCUGCUGCUCGUUCUUAUUUCAACAAAAUUCAAAAGGAAGCCGCUAAAAAUGGGCGUGGCAACGGCAGAAAUGGCGGUCGCGGUGGCCGUGGAGGUGGCCGUGGAGGUCGUGGCGGAGCAAGAGGAGGAGGGGCAAGAGAUGGCAACAAGGAUGGCAGAAAAAGGGGAAACGAUAACCCCAACAAUCAAGAGAUCAAUAAUAAACGUGCAAGAACUAUUGUUGAAGUUAAAUCCAGCGCAAUUACUGCACCCACCAACUAG